GCAACACAGCUACAGCACGUUCGCAAGCUGUGGCUCUCUCUUCGGCCACCCUCCGGGCGAAAACCAAGCGGUCCAGUCUCGGGCUUGAGGAUGUCAAGCGCAGCAGUGGCAGGCGUUCCGGUACAGCUCGAACUCGGACGACCUCGCCUACAGCCGCGAGACGGGUGCAGCGGCCCGGCGGCGGAGGGCAGACGCCAGAUUGGCAAGCAGGCCGACCGCACGGCGCCGUUCUGGGUCGACUUGCCCGCCUUCCGCCAGCUGCAGGCCCUGUCCGAAUGCCCGGCGGUGGUCACGUUUGAGCAGGGCCACCAGUCGCUCCCCGACCGCGUCUACACGGUGCUCGCGCGGCUGGCGGAGCACCAGCCGACCGUGAUGAUUGUCCGCGUCGACUGCUCGACUGCUCCGAGCGGGCGGUUCGACAGCCGCACCGCCAACGAGCUCUGCACCCGGAACCGGAGCGCGGCCGUCCCGCGCCCGCUCGCUCCCGCAGGGCUGGCAGCAGCUCGGAACGUGUCGCGGCCGCAGGGCACCUCGAUGCCGAUCAUCGAGUCGCUGCAGCGAGGCCGCUUCACGCGCUUCGCCGGCCGCAGCGACGACGCGCGCGCGAUGCGCUCCUUGGUGCAGCCGCUCGUGCUGCGAGGGCUCGGCAACGACAAGGAGCGCGUCAAGGAGCAGCACCGCUUCUGCCGCGACGCCGUCCUCUCCGCGCGCGCCCGCACCAAGGCGGCGCUGGAGCGGCAGCAGCGCCGGUUUCAAGACAAGAGCGGACGCAUCUGCCUACGCAAGAACGAGACGCUGCGCAAGUUGGGCAAGCUGCUCACCGAGGAGGCGGUGCCGGUGACCGAGCGGGCGGGGCGCGGCCGCGGCGAGUGGAUCUUCGUGGCGCACCACAAGAGCGGCACGACCGUGGGCAAGGUGCUCGCCGACGCCCUCUGCGCAGCGUCCGGCCGGCGGACCCACAAGUACACCUUCCGCGAGCAGCCGGUGGAGACGUCCCCGCCCGGCGGCGCGCUGUGCCACUUUCUGAUCAAAAUCUAUUCGGAGGACGUCGACAUGUGGAUGGCGCGGCUGGCACGCUCGCCGCACAACCGGCUCGUCCACUUUGUGCGGGAUCCGCACGAGAUGGCCGCGUCCGGCUACCUCUUCCACCGGCGCGGCUCCGAGCUCGAGUGGACAAACUCGACGCAGUGCUCGCGCGACCUGUGCACGCUCAAGGAGGCGUAUGGCGCGAACGGUACAAAGUGGUCGGCGGACGUUAUGUUCGGGGAGAUGUCGGCGCAGCCGUGGCUGCGCGAGUACGGCUGCACGCACGCGAUGCUCGACCUGGACGAGUCCUUUCGCGCCCACCCGCGAGUGUACCAGCUCCACCUGCACGGCCUCCUCCCCGCCGCCUUCAACUCCACCGUGCCGCGGCUGCUGCGCUGGCUCGGCGCCGCAAACAGCUCGGCGCCGCCCCAGCGCGCCGGCCGCCUCCUCCGCGCCGCGCGGCGCAAGAACGGGCGACGGAACCGGACGCACGACGCGCACAUCGACCGGCUCACGCGGAUCGGGUACCGCGCCACGUUCACCUCGCGGACGGCGCUCGCGAUCCGCACCGGCUCCAAGAGCCUGAGCGGGGGCGACAAGCGAGCGCUGGCGGCGUGGAAGGAGGCGGGCGGCACUCCCUUCUUGCGCGAGCUCCUCAUGCGGUCCUCCUGGGGCGCCGACCGCUCGCGGCAGCGCCUCUUCGCGCCCGGGCACCGGAAGCUGCACUUCGAGCGCGGGCGGCGCGGGAUCCUCACGUGCUCCGCCCCGCGGCUGCUCAACGUGCUGCUCGUCGACCACGACGCACGGUUCCACAUCGACCCGGCCCGCCUCUUCUCGACCAAGGCUUUCGUCAACGACGGCAUCCUCCUCUUCCGCGACCGGAUGCGGAUGCAGAUCCCCGGCAAGCCCGACGCGUCGCGCUUCCUGCGGCAGCUCGUCCGCCGCCGCCUCGCGUCGCCAGAGUUCCUGCGGUCGGUGGGCGGGCAGUACGCGCGCCAGAGGCUCCCGUGGCCGUGGCAGCCGUCGGCCGAGCUGCUCGCGUCGCCGAUGCUCUCGGGCGACUCGAACCACGCGACCGACUCGUCCGCGAUCGACUCGUCCGUCCUUCUCCUCGGCAAGUCGCGCGCGCCGCAGGUCAUCGCGACGCUCUACACGCUGCACGAGCGGUACCGGCACGAGCUGUACCGGCACGAGCUGUACGCCAACCUGCACGGCGACAAGGAGACGUACUGGCUGGCGUGCGAGCUGGUGGGCGGCCUCUCGUGCGGCGUCUCGCCGUACGCGGCGGGCGAGAUGGGGCAGCUCAAGCAAGACUACGGCCCAAAGGACCCGGGCUGCGUGGUGGGCAACCUGAUGCAGUUCCACCCCGACAACCCAAAGUGGAUCGUCCACUGCAACUGCAAGCCGCACGCCUCGUGGCUCUACACGCACGUCUCGACCCCCCAGAAGUACGUGGCGCUGGCCAAGAGCCUCUCGUCGUCGCACGACGGAUACCGCAACCUCGCCGGCAACCGCUUCACCCUCGCCAUCGAGCCGUCGCCUUUCUCGAGCGAGCCCUCUCGGCUCCUCUCGGCUCCUCUCGGCUCCUCUCGGCCUCCUCUCGGCAGCCGCCGGCUGCGCGUCGACUUCCCCGCCGAGGAGCCGUUCGACCGCGCCAAGCUCGCGCUCUCGUGGAACCGGACCGACUCGCCGUACUACGACUGCACGACCACGCAGUACGAGCCGCUCGAGCUGGCCAUGGCGCGGCAGCCCGAGACGAACCGGCAGCUCAACGCGGCGAUGCUGUGCCAGCUGCACGGCCUGCGCUGCAGGCACCCGUCGCUCCACGUGGACCUGCAGGGCGCCGCCGCCGCCAGCUGGUUCCGCGUGGCCGGCGCCUCCGUCAUCGCGCUGCUCGCGUGCACUGUCGGCGCCCUCGCGGCGACCGUGGUCCUGUCCCGCGGGUCGGGGCCUGCGGCGCGGCCCCUGCUGGCCUAGACAAACAUUAUGUGUGGAGAGUACUCACCUACCCUGUGGGGACACCGCGUGGGCACUGAAGGAGUGAGUGGGCGGCGCUCCUCUGCAUGUCUGAGUUGAGGUGCAUGUGCGCACUGCAGUGUGCGGCGGUCGGGGUGACACCCCGCUUGGUUGUUGCGGCGCGGGUCCGAGCUCGCCGACGCCUGUCUCCAAGAAACCGAGGACGAAUAA